GUCUAUUAUCCCACUGUGCAACAACGUCCAUUUCUCUACAGGUUUGUGUAGCUUGCACCACCGUGGACCCACAGAAUUUUGAAACGGCAAGGGAACUCGCGCCGCCAUCGUCAAGCAAUGGAAAAACCAUAGCGACUGCUUCGUCCAUCCUGAUAAUGCUCGCGCACAGCCCAGCGACAUUUCUCUCGAUUUCCUUCAUCAUACAUCUGUCAGCACUUAUUGCAUGCAACGUCGGUGGAUCUGGACUAGCACCCAGCUUCAUGGUUAGUAGUCUUUCCUACAUCUUGUACUAUCAAACCGUGUUCGGGGAACGAUGCUUGCUCUUCUUACCCUUCGCUAUCCACGUUACGUCGAUUGUAGCCAUGCGAUUCGCCUUCACUCUCGCCUCGCACUCAUCUUCUACUUCGAGCCGUCUAUAUCAAACUCGCAUACCAUGCACCACAUUCUUCGCCUUCGUCCCUAUCCAUGUCGUUACCCAUAGACUCUUACCUGCAGAGGCUGAAGCGGACACUGUUGCAUGGCCUUCAAACGAUGUCGACCCGGACCCGCUCCUCCGAACUUUACUCUGA